GCAUUACCAUAAAGCGGCCAGCAGGGGCGCUCGAAGGCGCUGCUGGUGACAGCAUCUCCGUUCCGAGCGUUACCGCACGCGCUCAGAGAAAGAACUAGGAGGGGAACCCGGCGGAGACGCUCUCUGCGAGGUGGACGGUCUGCUGCUUGGUUGCUCGUGGUAACUUCCCACCAUGCCGUUCCCCUUUGGCAAGUCCCACAAGUCACCGGCAGACAUUGUCAAGAACCUUAAGGACAGCAUGACGGUGCUCGAGAAGCACGACAUCUCGGAUAAGAAGGCUGAGAAGGCUGCAGAGGAGGUGUCAAAGAGUCUGGUUGCCAUGAAGGAGAUCCUGUAUGGUACCAAUGAAAAAGAGCCCCAAACAGAAGCGGUGGCUCAGCUAGCACAGGAGCUCUACAACAGCGGCCUACUCAGCACUCUGAUAGCAGACCUGCAGCUCAUCGACUUUGAGGGUAAGAAAGAUGUGGCACAGAUCUUCAACAACAUCUUAAGGCGGCAGAUCGGCACUCGGACCCCCACCGUGGAGUACCUGUGCACCCAGCAGAACAUCCUCUUCAUGCUUCUGAAAGGGUACGAGUCACCAGACAUCGCCCUGAACUGUGGCAUCAUGCUGAGGGAGUGCAUCCGACACGAGCCGCUGGCCAAGAUCACGCUGUGGUCAGAGCAGUUCUACGACUUCUUCAGAUACGUGGAGAUGUCCACGUUUGACAUCGCCUCAGACGCAUUUGCCACUUUCAAAGACCUUCUCACAAGACACAAGCUACUGAGUGCUGAGUUUCUGGAGCAGCAUUAUGACAAAUUCUUCAGUGAAUAUGAGAAGUUACUUCACUCGGAGAACUACGUGACUAAACGACAGUCUCUUAAGUUACUGGGAGAGCUGCUCCUCGACAGGCACAACUUCACCAUCAUGACGAAAUACAUCAGCAAGCCAGAGAAUCUCAAGUUAAUGAUGAAUCUACUACGGGACAAGAGUCGCAACAUCCAGUUUGAGGCUUUCCACGUCUUCAAGGUGUUUGUGGCUAAUCCCAACAAAACACAGCCCAUCCUGGACAUCCUGCUGAAGAACCAGACCAAGCUCAUCGAGUUCCUCAGCAAGUUCCAGAACGACCGAACGGAAGACGAACAGUUCAACGACGAAAAGACUUACCUAAUCAAACAGAUCAGGGACCUCAAGAGGCCUGCUCCCCAGGAGGCCUGAUCGGGCCGAGGAGUGGCAGGACCCCACAAAGGACCAGGUCUGGACGCCAUCCAGACGGCGCCUGCGUGACGGACACAGCAGCGGCUGUUCUGGUUUCCAACAAAAAGACUGAGGAACAACAGCAAACAAAGCCACAACCGCUCUUCUGCCCCUCUGAACAUUCAAAACCUUCCUUACUUUGUCUUUUUUUGUUUUUGUCAAAAGAAAUGAGAAUAGUAGUUGCUGCUGCUUUCUUGCACACUGAAAUAUUUAAGGUAUAUAUGUUCACAGGAGCCCAUCAGACAUUCACGUUUACGACACGCAGAUCACAACACACACGUUCAGCCCACAAAAUGACAGCAAAACGGUACGAGCGCUGAAAUGUGACCAGUCUGCCACCACUGUUCUGACGGCGACGGUUUGAAUCCCGCCAUGCGGCUGAGAGGACAGGCUAGACCACGCUUUGUGAGGCCACAGCUCAAAGCACACACAGCAGAGGGAAUGCUGGGAAUAUCAGUCUUCGGGGGGCAUGGUUGACAUGUACAUAUGCCUCUUUAGUUUUGGUUCCUUCUAAUCAGUCGCUUUCUCCACCUUAAGAGAAGGGACUUUUUCUUUUUUGCGUUUACUCCUGCUGAAGCGGCUGCUGGGUGACGGGUUUGUCUGAGCACCAGCUGCCGUUUGGCUAAUCUAUAGGAUAUUAACAAAUUGUACAGCAGAGGAAUGUCUUUGUAGAAGCUCUGGUGGUGCCGGGAGGAAACAAGCGGCACUUUGGGUGCUGGAUGAUUGAUGUCGUUUAACUGGAAGUGCGGGUGUUUUCUUAUUUAUCAGCCAGUCCCCCCUCUCUCAAAAAAAACAAAAACCCAAUUUGUCAUUUUUUAAUCUUUAGUGCCAUGUGAAGCCACAGUUUUUGCUUUUUUCCAGUGGAAACUUGAUAUCAUAUUGAACGUUUUUAGGCCCCUCUUUUUGCUGUCCACCAUGUUGUGGAGCUUUAACCUUCAGAGGCUUCAUAAUUCCGGUACAAUAGCCAGUGCACAGCAUUAUGGGUAACUGUUCUGCAGGCGUGCACGAUGCUUAUAACAAGACUGAAGAAAAUGGAAGUUAAUGAAACGAGUCCGGCUGGAGGUGAGGAUGAGCCGGACGCAGCCCCUCCAUGCACACUGGACGAGCAUGUUGCUUCAUCGGCUCUGCAUGAGGCUGCACUAAAGACGUUGUACUGGAAUUAUUUUUUUCUCUCUCAAAUAUUCAACACAUUCAAAUGUGGAAGUGAACUCCUGGCUGUGUGGCUGAAACUCAUUUUAACUGCAGGUUAAGCUUAACGUGUGGGUGUUUUCAGAUGUGUCAAAGGCCUGGGCCAAACUGAUGAAAUAAAGAGAAAAAGUCAUUUUAAAUACA